CAAAUCAUACCUUUCUCGGCCUUUUGGCUAAGAUCAAGUGUAGUAUCUGUUCUUAUCAGUUUAAUAUCUGAUAUGUGGCCCAUCGGGUCACACGAUAUUAACUCUAUUUUUUAAGGGAGAAGGCCCAUUAAGAUAGCUUGCUAUCUGGGCUUUCACGAGUCGCCCAUGCGUUGCACUACUGCAUGGGCCUGGCUCAACCCAUCAAAUUUUAAGUCUAAUUUUUCAGAUUAAUGGGCCUAAAUGGAUAUGUAUUAGGACAAAGAUAAAACAAGUAUCCAAACACUUUACCUUUUAGUCUGUGCCCACGUGUCCGACAAGGUUAAACGAACACCCAAACACAUUCUUAAACCCUUACGCUUUCGUUUUUUUUUGGGUCAAAAAACCCUUACGCUUUCAGUGUGAGAAAAAACCAAACAAUCAUCGAAAUAAGAAUGUCUGAUUCUAAUCUGAAGCAUCCUCUAGAGGACUCUACAGCUUCUCAAGAGAGGCUCUCAAAGGUUGCGAGGCUGGAGGGAUUCAGUGACGAAGAAGAGGAAGGAGAAGGAUUGGUAAUCGCUGAGUCAGUAAACCCUAGGAUGCAGCGUUACUUGGUUGCGGUUGAGUAUAUCGGAACACGUUUCUCGGGGUCACAACAGCAGCCUAAGUACCGCACCGUCGUCGGCGUUUUGCAGGAGGCUUUUCAUAAGUUUAUUGGCCAGCCAGUUAAGAUCUUGUGCUCAAGUCGAACGGAUGCAGGAGUGCAUGCACUAUCAAAUGUUUGCCAUGUAGAUGUGGAACGCGUCAGUAAAAGAAAGCCUGGUGAAGUGUUACCACCUCAUGAACCUAGUGUCGUCCAGAAAGCUGUGAACCAUUUCUUACAGAAAAAUGAAGGUGAUGUUAUGGUGAUUGAUGUUCGGUGUGUCCCAUAUAAUUACCAUGCCAGAUAUAAGGCCAAGGACCGCACAUACUUCUACCGCUUGCUAUCGGGGCCGGAACCUUUAUCCAUUCUUGAAAAAGACCGUGCCUGGCAUGUUCCUGAGGAGCUAGAUCUUCGAGCUAUGCAGGAAGCAUGCAAAAUUCUUGUUGGAUCUCAUGAUUUUAGCUCCUUCAGGGCAUCUGGUUGCCAGGCAAAGUCACCGGUGAGAUCUUUAGAUGAACUCAGUGUCACUGAAGUACCAUCAACUCCAUGUUUUCCAUCCCUCACGGAAAGGGCUGGGAGUAACCUAAACAAUGGAGAUCCUCUCACAUGUUCCAGUCAACCCAAGACUCAGACUGCUGGUGUUACCACAAAUGUAGGUGAGUUGGUGGGGUCUACAGAUGGCGAUACUUUCGGUUUAAGAAGACAACACCGCUGCUAUUUUGUAACAGCGCGUUCCCGCGGAUUUCUCUACCACCAGGUUCGACUGCUUGUAGCAGUAUUGAAAUGUGUAGGCACUGGAGAAUUGACUGUUUCAGACGUUGAAAGAAUCCUGAAGGCGAAGAAUGUGGCUGCAGGCAAACCCAUGGCUCCUGCCUCUGGUCUGUAUCUUGCGCGUGUCAAAUAUGAAUUCCCAUGAAGAUUUCAUUUCUGUAACAGUGAGGAGUAGAUAGAGGUACUAUGUAUUCAUAUGGAUUACAUCAUAGAUCUUGAUUCCUGAGUGAUGAACCUAAUGAGUGCGACUCUCAUUAUAUUAAAUUAUGAAAGUUAUAAUUUCAUGCGAUCUGUUUGUUCGGUUUGAGUUGAGC